AUGAAAGUAUAUUUUUCCUGCUUACACAUGUACGUUAUACAAUUCUACAGCUUAUUUGAUGAUUUUAUGAAGUCAUCUCAUCCGGGUAUUACCGAUUACCAGCUUAGUGUGGCUAAACAACAUGGUUUUUCUCGAUGGCUGUUGGAUUUGGUUCGUGCUGAUUACAGAAAUACGUUGUACCCGCUUUGGUUACAUGAGCUUGCAAGAGGUCCAAUUCGCCGUUCUACUUGUUGGAACAAAUACUUCUCUCGGGGUUAUAUAUUUCAUACAGUCCAGUUUGGUGAAAAUAGAGCAACAACAAAUUAUGGUGUAUGUGUUCGUGGAAGUUCGGGUCCCAAAGAAGCUUACUAUGGUAAACUACACCAAAUUAUUCAAAUUGCAUAUCAUGGUGCUAUUGGGUUAAAGGUCAUGCUUUUCCGAUGUGUUUGGUUUGACACAACGUGUGGUUCGAGAACUAGAAUGCACAAACCUGGUGUUGUAGAGGUACUUGCGAGUGGAAGAUAUGCCGAAUAUGAUCCAUUUAUACCCACGACACAGGCGGAUCAAGUAUGUUUCCUACGAUAUCCUCAACUUAUUGUUCAGGAAAAUGAAUGGUUAGUUGUAGUAAAAGUUACACCACGAGGAGCAAUUUCGGAAAGUAGCAAACAACAAGACGCGGCAGUACAAGAGGAUGAUAACGAAUAUAUAAUCCCUACAGAAGUUGGUGUGCUAAACAUUAAUUCACUUGUAAUGCCAGGUGGACAAUUAGAAGAUAUUCCAGAAGAUCCAAAUAUCAAUAGCGAUGAUGAAUAUGGUUCUGAUGUAGAACUAACAUAA